AUGGACGCUAUUAUACGGCUGAAAAAAUGGAAGAAGCGACUUAGUUUUGGAAGCAAUUCCAAGGUCAAGAGUUCGACGGAAGAACGCUCGGUAUCCGCUGGACACGUUGAAUCCGUCUUGCCUAGAAAGCCAGCACCUCAGCCAACUAGAAAACAUGGCAUACAUUUGGAAAUCCCACCCGGGCCCUCCAAUGGCUCCCCGUUUGCAGCUGAAGGACCGACACUUGGGAGUACAAUCACACCAACCGAAACUAUUGAUAGCCAGUCGGCGUUCGAUCACAGUAGUUUCCUAACGUCGGUACAGGCCAUGUAUGAGUCAACAACAACUGUGCAAAACGAUGGCCUCCCUUCACAAGACACAGCAAUUAAGUCUUGGGGACAACUUGUAUCGACGUUCACGUCUGCGAUACGAUGGAGAAAGACACGAAGGCGUGUACGGGACCAAGCUCGGAUCACUUUGCAAGAUGAGGGAUCACAUCUUGAAGGACACAUUUUUCAGAACACGAUCACUUUGCUUUCAGGAGUUGUUGGGGAUAAUUUCGAAAUAGCGCAGAAGUUGAUAGAAGAGAGAUCACGAAUACAGACCCUGGAUCCACUCCAUAAUCUCGUCGGAGCGCUGGAUACUCGCGUACGCUUACUUAAAUUGGCGAAUGAUUUGAACGCUGCACCAAACUCCGCAUUAAUUGAUGCACUCCUACACGAUGAUGAGGAAAUUUACCAUGUCUUGGGUGCUAUACUCUUGCAGCCAGAACAUCGUCGCGCUGCGCUCGGAUUACGUGGCCCGAAUGCUCAGAACUUGCUUAACCUCAUCCAGGAUAUGCUCGACAAAGGGUUCUUAUCAAACACAAAAGACACAGGAAGGACACUGUAUGACGCAGUCCAUAAGCUGUACUACCGGUUGUCGGUGGCGAGUGGUAUAUUGCCCCCGCCACUGAUGGUGGAUGGUGUCACCUUGUUGCAGAACGGAGCCGUCAAUGGUGGAGGGUAUGCUGAUAUAUUCUUAGCUUCUUACCAGGGUUCGCAAGUUGCUUUAAAACGUCUGCGGAUAUUUUUAAAGGGCAACGACCGGCACAACGCAUACAAGAUGAUCUGUCGCGAGGCCCUUCUCUGGAAGAAGGCCCAGCAUAAGUAUGUGCUCCCGUUCCUGGGAAUUGAUGCGCAGACAUUCUCGCCGUCUGUCUCCCUCCUUUCACCGUGGAUGCAAAAUGGAACGAUCAUCGUUUACAUGCAAAGAAACGGAGAUUUCCUCCUACGUGAGAUCGCUGAGGGAAUGGAAUAUCUCCAUAGCGAAAAUAUCAUUCACGGAGAUCUUCGAGGAGCGAAUAUAUUGAUGGACUCUGACUGGCACGUCCGCAUUGCUGACUUCGGAUUGGCAAUACUGGCGGAAACGACGUUCUCGGAUGAAGGUUCCUCCGUCCCUGGUGCUGUGCGCUGGAUGGCUCCCGAACUAUUCAUGGGAACGCCUCAAUCCACCGAAACAAAAUUUGGGAGAACAAAGGCUACGGAUGUAUAUUCAUUCGCCUGCACAUGCGUGGAACUUUGCACUGGUCGCAUCCCGUUCCACGAAUUUGGAUAUGAUAUCACUGUCACUCUUCAAGUGAUGGAUGGAAAGCGACCACCCUGUUCAUACCCGAGCAGUGAUGGAACAUCGAAGGGCGUCAGUGAGGACUUGUUAAGCAUUGUGACCAAUUGCUGGGCCCAGGAGCCUUCAGACCGACCUCCAAUGUCAGAAGUCGUGAAGAUGUUGGAUGCCAAGGACAAUGUUGACACCGAUUCAAGUUGA